AUAGCAGGCUUUAGUGCAGGUUUUCUGUGAGCCUUUACUGCAAGUUGCCAAAAACAACCGAUGCAAAAAGUGAAUUUUUUUACCCUGGAUCUAAAUUGGGCUACACUCUAGCACUCCAUGAAAAACCCAAAUUGUGUGCAAAGUGCUCCCUGAUAGCUCACAGGGACUUUGAGGUAAAUUUGGCUGAUAUGUGAACACACACCUCCAUUCCAGAGGAGGUUCGAACUAAACGUUGGGUGUGAAAAACUUCCAGGUUUCUUUCCCAUUCUACUGUAUUCUUCUUUAACACUCUUGAAAAGGUACACACCACAUCCAUGUAUAGGGAGACACCUGCUACAGCCACUGGAAGCGAUACUGUGCUGGGCUUAAAUAGAGAGAAUCGCUUUCUUGCUGCUGAAUACAGGAGGGCCAGCACUUAAACAUAAUGCCUCUUUGCAGGGGUUUUCAGGGUUAACAAUUAGGACUGGAAACUGCAACCAGCAGGGUUGCAGGCUGGCAAGAAAACUGGAAGGAGCAAAGAGUCGGAUGAAGGUGCAGCAUAUAGCCAGCGUGGUAUAGUGGUUAGAGUGCUGGACUAAGACCAGGGAAACCCGAGUUCAAAUCCCCAUUCAGCCAUGAUAUUAGCUGGGAGACUCUGGGCCAGUCACUUUUCUCUCAGCCUAACCUACUUCAUAGAGUUGUUGUGAGGACAAACUCAAGUAUGUAGUACACCGCUCUGGGCUCCUUGGAGGAAGAGCAGGAUAUAAAUGUAAUAAUUAAUGUUGUUGUUGUUGUUGUUAUUUCUUGGUGAGACAUAACUUUAUAAUAAUAAUAACAAUAUGGUGAGACGUAACUUUAAUAAAUCUAUACCGGAUCAGUCGUCGCCCGGGUCAACAAGGACCACGCCAGGUGCUGGACUCCCUGGACAUCUGGUGGCAAGUGGGCAACAGGACUCAGGAUCUUCAGUUGAGCAACCGGGGCUGGAGACUGCAAGGUUACUGGAAGAAACGUCGCUUAACCGAAAAAAAUAUACGAAAAAUGCCAACAAGGAAAUAAUGAUCUGCUAUUACAAGUCUAGUCCAACUAGAAGAGGUUAUUUAAAAAGAAUGUACCAAAUUAGGAAAGAGAAGCAUCCAGAUACAGAAAUAACAGAACAAAGGCUAGCAGACCAGAGAAGAUUCAUAAUAAGAAAUAAAGUAUUCACAGAAGUUGAGCUGGAAGCAGGGUGGAUAAAAAUCAAUGAUUUUUUAUUUUUUUUAAUCAAAAAAAUCAGAUUUUUUUGAUUUAAAUUGGAUUUUUUUAUUUAAAUUGGAUUUUUUUUAAAAUAAAAUGCUUUUUGAGGAAAAUAUAUUACCAUCCAAAGGUUAUUCCAUCAUGAAAUAAAGAUUAGUUUUUUAAUUAUGUAGAAUAAGGCUGUAUAUGUUUAAUUUUUUUGGUAAAUAAAUUCCAUUAAUCCAUUCAUAAUGUCAUGCUCUUCCAGAGGUUUUUGUAAGAUUAUUGGGCAGUUUCUCUGCCUACAAGAUAUUAUCACAGAUGCUUGGUUUACUUUUGCAGUUCUCAAAACUGAAUUUGACUCAGCAGAGAUCACAUGCCUCUUCUUCACAGCAAAAAUGUUAUGACAUGAACGGAGUUGAGAAAAAGACCUUAAUCCUAUUGUUCUACAAACCUAUGAAUACAGAAUCAACCCCUUCAGUGCUAAGUUUCAAGAAAUUCAGUGAAAUAGAAUAGAAACAAUAUUUUUCUGAUUGUUUGGAGUGGAAUAGAUCUGCACAAGAAGAAAGUGAAACUAAGUGUGAGGAGGGAGGGGCAAGCAGACAAGCAGUACAAAAUGAAAGUGAAACUUUCUGAGCACAAUACUGCAUAGCCACAGACAGACAAGUCUUUGGAUCUUUUUGUGUGUAUGACCUGAGGUUUAUCACAUUCUUUCCUUGGAGGAAAAAACCUAUAAUGGCAGCAGGCCGUAAAAGAGACCCAGUUUGGCAAUAUUUUAAUGAAGUUCCUUUACCUAUCGGUAAGGCAGGCAUGCGUGCAAAAUGCAAACACUGCAACAAAGAAAUGCAAGGCCUGGUGGCCCGAAUGAGGCAACAUCAUGAGAAGUGCUGUGAUGAAGAUGACCAAAGAAACACAUUUGAACAGGCAGGAUCUUCAGGGGAAUUCAUGGAUUCUGGAAACUAUCCACCUUCAAGAUCACCAUCCUCCUGUUCUACAGUUUCAGAGUUAUCCAUCCAGGAUAGUGCUUCAUUAGCAUCAUCAUCAGACACCCACAGCCACAUAUCACUAUCACCUAAAAGAAAGAAAAAAUCCUUCCCUCCUGGAACCACCAUAGAUAAGUUUGUGAUAAAAACUAGCAGAUUAGAAAAAGAGUUAAUUGAUGAAAAAAAUUGCCCAGUUUGUUUAUGCAACGAACUCUUCUUUCCGUCUGACUGAGAACCCACAUUUCUUUAAUAUGGUUCAGUCACUGAGACCAGGAUACAGUCCACCCAGCAGAGCAGAUGUUGCAGGGAAACUGCUGGAUAAAGUGUAUGACAGAGAAAUGGAGCAAUGUGCAACAGCUCUGGAGGGUAGAAUUGUUAACCUAAGUAUUGAUGGGUGGAGUAAUGUCCACAAUGAUCCUAUUGUAUGUGCUUGUAUAACAGCAGAAGAAGGGAAAGUCUUCCUUGCACAAACAAUUGAUACGUCAGGAAAUGCGCACACAGCAGAAUACUUACAAGAAGUGGCAGUAAAAGCUAUAAUAACAUGUGAACAAAAAUUCAAAUGUCUAGUACGCAGUUUGGUCACAGACAAUGCUGCAAAUGUAUCUAAGAUGAGAAGAAAUUUAGAAGAGCAGGAAGGGAAUACAAAGCUAGUAACAUAUGGUUGCAGUGCUCAUUUGCUGCACCUCUUAGCCAAAGACUUAAGUGUUCCAGAAAUAAAGACUAAUGUUGUUGAAAUUGCUAAAUACUUCCGUAACAAUCACUUUGCUGCUGCAGCUCUGAAAAGGAUGGGUGGAACCAAGCUAACGCUCCCACAAGAUGUUAGAUGGAACUCUGUGGUGGACUGUUUUGAGCAGUAUAUCAAGAACUGGCCUAUUCUGAUGACAGUUUGUGAACAAAAUCGAGAUAAAAUAGAUGGCACUGUCACGGCCAAAAUCCUCAACAUUGGGCUUAAGAGAAAUGUUGAACAUAUGCUGAGCAUCCUGAAACCCAUCUCUGAAUCUUUAAACAAAAUACAGAAAAAUAGCUGUUUUAUUGCUGAUGCUGUUGAAAUUUGGAAGGAACUGAGUGAACACUUAAAAACAGAACUACACAUGGACAGAAUUAAAUUACAAGCAUUAAAAAAAAAAUGGGACAAGUACUGUCUCCAGCUCAUUUUUUGGCAAAUAUUGUCAAUAUCCAGUACCAGGGUCAAAACUUAAGUGCUGAGGAAGAGGAGUUAGCUAUGACAUGGGUAUCCAGCAAUCAUCCAUCUGUAAUGCCAACUAUAAUAAACUUCAAAGCUAAGGGGGAACCAUUCAAGAAAUAUAUGUUUGCUGAAGAUAUUUUAAAGAAAGUCACACCAGUGAACUGGUGGAAGUCACUUAAGCACUUGGAUUUAGAGACUGUUCAAGUAAUGAUUUCACUUUUAACAGCAGUAGCUUCUUCUGCAGGCGUUGAAAGAAUAUUCUAUUCCUUUGGACUCAUUCAUUCUAAAUUGAGAAAUCGUUUGGGACCCGAUAAAGCAGGAAAACUUGUUUUUCUUUUCCAGAUUAUGAACAAAGAAGAAGAUGAAGAUGAUGAGUGAGCUACAGAGGACAGUAUUUAAGUUUUUCAUGUGUAGGCUGGGCUGACAGUCUAAGUUUCUUAAAAUAUAUAUAUAUUGUUUAGCCAAAUAAGUUAACAAACAUGGAUGUUUGUUUAAGCAAAUAACAUAUGCUGUAAUGUUAUUGUUUCAGUUGAAUAAAUCUAUUUAAAUUGUU